AAACGUUCUGAAUUAUUCUCUGAGGUACUAAACGAUCGAGUUACCUGUGCUUCGAUAGAAAAUGAAGGUUUCGUGGUGCUUGCCGCAAGGAUUGUUCGCUUCGUCUUGAAAUAAAAGCCACGAAAAUUAACCGGGCGCGUUUUUAUUUCCUUUGGUUUGUGGCCCCCACAUUACUGAGCGUCAGACUCAUACAACUGUCAGUGAUGAUGUACUUGGCUGUGCUGGCUGUGGUGUUGCUAUUGGGGCACAGCGACGGCGAGGAGUCGCGUCUGUCCGUUUGUCCCGCCGUGUGCGACUGCAAGGGCCUGACCGUGGAUUGCGCUAACCGACAGCUGAAAACGGUGCCCCGGCCGUUGCCUCGGGAAGCUAAGAGAAUAAACUUGGAAGGAAAUAAUAUAACUGUGAUUCGAGCUGAUGAUUUCGAAGGUCUGAAUCAGGUGCAAAUAAUGCAGCUCAUGGAGAACCAGAUCCAUCUGAUAGAGAAAGGAGCUUUUCAAGACCUCGUCUCAAUGGAGAGGCUGAGGCUAAACAACAACAAACUACGAAGUUUGCCAGAUCUUCUGUUCUCGACGAUGCCAAAUCUUUUGAGACUGGAUCUGAGUAAUAAUCGUUUGAUAAUGAUUGGCAAAAAGACCUUAAGAGGAGCUCCUCUUUUGAAGAAUUUACAGAUGGAUAAUAAUGAAAUUACCUGCGUGGAUGACAGUUCCAUUCGAAUGUUGAAAGAUAUGGAAAUAUUAACAUUCAACAAGAACAAUAUAACAACACUAGGUAAAGAUUUAUUCGAUGGAAUGAAAAAGUUACGGACGUUGAGGAUAUCCGACAACCCGUUUACGUGCGAUUGUCACGUUUCUUGGCUGGCGAGCUGGCUGCGACGUAAUCCUCGUUUGGGGCUCUUUUCCAAGUGCAAUCUUCCCCUUUACUUGAAGAACAAAGCCAUUGCCGAGCUUCACGAAUUCGAUUUCAGGUGCACGGGUGCCGAGGAGGAUCCUCCCGCUGGCUGUUCUCGCGAGCCAAUGUGUCCACAUCCCUGUUCUUGCUAUGAUGGUGUCGUAGACUGCAGAGACAAAGGACUCAGCAGGAUUCCGGACCACAUACCAGAAACAGCAACGGAGUUGCGCUUGGAACAGAAUCAGAUUCGGGAGAUCCCUUCGAAAGCUUUUGCAUCCUUCAAAAGGCUUAAGAGAAUUGACUUCAGUAAUAACGAAAUAUCCAAAAUAGCUGGAGAUGCUUUCAGUGGCCUGAAGACAUUGACAUCUCUGGUUUUAUAUGGCAAUAAAAUUACUGAUAUAACCAGUGGAACAUUCAAAGGACUUUCUUCGCUUCAGCUUCUAUUACUGAACGCCAACAAAAUAUCCUGCCUCAGGAAAGAUACUUUUACUGAUCUUCACAACCUUAACUUGCUAUCUCUAUAUGACAAUAAUAUUCAGUCUUUGGCCAACGGAACUUUCAACUCUUUGCACAAUAUACAGACGCUACACUUGGCUCGAAAUCCAUUCAUCUGUGACUGCAACCUGCGAUGGCUGGCGGAGUACUUGCACACCAAUCCCAUAGAGACGAGCGGUGCCCGGUGCGAGACGCCCCGUCGCAUGCACAGGCGCAGGAUCAGCCAAAUGCGAGAGACUAAGUACAAAUGUAAAGGUACUGAAGCGUAUCGAACAAGAACUGCCGGUGAGUGCGCUGCCAUCCAUGACUGCCCCGACCCAUGUGUUUGUGAUGGGACUAUCAUCGAUUGUUCCGGGAAAAGGCUCCGCGACAUUCCAGAAAAUAUACCCUCCUACACCACUGAACUACGUCUAAACAACAACAUUAUAUCAAAAUUGAAAAAUAAUGGGCUCUUUAAGAAACUAAUAAAUUUGAAUAAAGUGGAUUUCAGCAACAACGAAAUAUCGGAAAUCGAAGAUGGUGCUUUUUAUGGAGCCAACCAACUUACUGAUUUAUUACUGACUGAAAACAAACUAAAAGAAGUAAGGGCGAAGAUGUUUUCUGGUUUACCGAAUUUGAAAACAUUGAUGUUGCGGACCAAUCUACUGACUUGCAUCUCCAACGCCACGUUCUCCGGUUUCGAGUCGCUGCAAUUAUUAUCAUUAUAUGACAAUCGAAUUACGCAUGUGAUGAAUGGAGCUUUUGACAAGAUGCCAGAAUUAACAACCCUGAACCUCCUCGCCAAUCCUCUAAAAUGCUCUUGCCAUCUGAGAUGGCUCAGCGAGUGGCUGAAAAAAUCGAAUAUUGUAACUGGAAAUCCUCGCUGUCAGGCGCCGAUGUCCCUCAAAGAUAUUCCCAUUCAAGACGUCUCAAAGAAGGAUUUCGUAUGCGACGAUGACAUUGACGGAGAGGAAGGCACUUGUGGCCUGGCUCCAUCGUGCCCUCUGGGUUGCACGUGCACUGGAACUGUGGUUCACUGUAGUCGACGGAAACUGAAAGCCUCUCCUAGAAAUAUUCCACCGAUGACUACUGAAUUGUAUCUUGAUGUCAAUGAUAUUUCUAGAAUGCCGGAAGACUUGAAUAUUUUCAAAGACCUAGAGCGCUUGGAUUUAAGCAAUAAUCAAAUUACAGUUCUACCUAACAAUAUUGUUGCAAACCUCAGCAAGCUUUCUACACUCAUUUUAAGCUAUAACAAGCUGCAAUGCAUUCAAGUUGACAGCUUACUGGGACUAAAAUCUCUUCGCAUUUUGUCUUUGCAGGGCAAUGACAUAUCUAUGAUACCUGAUGGAGCUUUUCGAGAAUUGGUGUCUAUAACGCACAUUGCAUUAGGAGCCAAUCCAUUGUACUGCGAUUGUAAUCUAAGAUGGUUGUCUGAGUGGAUCAAACAGGAUUAUAUAGAACCAGGUAUCGCCAGAUGCGCUGAGCCACGAUCAAUGAAAGAUAAAUUGGUGCUGACUGCUGCUUCAAAUGGAUUCGUUUGCACAGGCAAACCCGAAGCAGAAGUUUUAGCAAAAUGUGACGCAUGCUACACCUACCCUUGUCAGAAUGGAGCAACGUGCAGACCAAAGCCUUUACGUGACUAUGAAUGCAUUUGUGCUCCUGGAUAUCAUGGAGCAAAUUGUGAAUAUGUCAUUGAUGCCUGCUAUGGAAAUCCAUGCGCGAAUGGAGGCACCUGUAAAGUUCUUGAAGCAGGUCGUUUCAGCUGUCAUUGUCCUUCAGGGUAUGAAGGCGAUCGCUGUGAAACCAACAUUGAUGACUGCAUUGAUAACAAAUGCGAAAAUAAUGCUACUUGUGUGGACCUCAUUGAAGAAUACACUUGCAGAUGCAACUCUGGUUAUACAGGAAACUAUUGUGAGAAGAAAAUUAAUUUCUGUUCGAAAGAGUUUAACCCAUGCAAAAAUGGAGCUACAUGCAUUGACGAGAAUUUUUCAUAUAGCUGUGCAUGCUCUUUGGGUUUCACUGGUGACAACUGCACUGUGAAUAUUAAUGACUGUUUGGAUCAUCUUUGUCAAAAUGGCGGAACCUGCAUUGAUGGGGUCAACAGUUACAGAUGCCAAUGUCAAGAUGGCUUCUCUGGAGCAUUUUGCGAAUUAGAGAACAUGGUAGACUUGCUUUACCCUCAAACAAGUCCUUGCCAGCAACACGACUGCAAGCACGGUGUGUGUUUUAUGCCCAGCAAUGCAAAAGAUUACAUCUGCAAAUGUUCGCAAGGUUUCACCGGAAAAAGAUGUGAAUCCCUGACAAGCAUCAGUUUCCAUGAGGGUUCUUAUGUGGAACUUGAUCCUUUGCAUACGAAACCCGAUGUGAAGAUUUCGAUUACGUUUGCAACAGAGCAAGCAUAUGGGGUUAUUCUGUACAAUGGAGAAUCCCAACAUUUGGCAGUUGAGUUAUUCAGAGGAAGAAUAAGAGUCAGCUACGAUGUAGGGAACUAUCCUGUGUCAACCAUGUUUAGCUAUGAGACUGUAUCUGAUGGAGUACCCCAUACAGUGGAGUUGUCUCUGAUAAAGAAGAACUUUACAAUGCGAGUUGAUAAUGGUACAUCCAGAACAAUAGUCAACGAAGGAGCCAAAGAAUAUUUGGAAGUAUCUGCACCUCUGUACAUCGGCGGAGUUUCGGAGGAAGCAGCUGUUGAGGCUCUGAGACAAUGGCACUUGAGAAAUGCAUCUAGUUUUGAUGGAUGCAUUAAAGAUGUUAGACUAAGUGGGAAAUUACUAGACUUCAUGAUUGCGAGGAAACAGCAGCGAGUGACGCCAGGAUGCGCUGAGCUUGAAGAUCCUAAACCAUGCAAAGACAACUUGUGCAAGAAAGGCAAAUGCAUUCCUGUCGAUAAGAUCAGCUACGAGUGCCAGUGCCGGAAAGGAUGGAGUGGUGUUCAUUGUGAUAAAGCACCAACUUGUCAAAAAGAACAAUACAGAGAAUACCUGGAGGAAAAUGGUUGCCGUUCAAACAAGAUGAUCAAAAUGGCAAAUUGCAUUGGUUCCUGUCAAUGCUGCAGGCCCCAGAAGAAGAAACGUCGCAGCGUGCGCAUGCUCUGCCCCAAUGGAACAAAAUACACAACACAAAUUGAUGUCAUAAGAAAAUGUAAAUGUGUUCAGAAAUGUUAACAUUCUAUUCUUGUUUCAUCGCAAUUGUCGUCUGAAUGUGAUUCAUGUGCGACUCUUGAAAAUAAUUCAAAAAUGACUGUCAUGGAAUCAAAGCAAAAUUUAAAUAUUAUUUUAUGUUUUUCUGGAUUCGUCUGGAGGCAGGUGAGCAUUGGAACCAAUUCGAAUUCCUUCUGCGAGAGCUGGUGUAAAUGUUAUGAUUUGUUGACAAUUGAUACAGAGGAUAAAGGACAAGACUGCAUUGAUGGCAUUUAUUUUAGUCUGAAAUAGAUCUUCUUGACCCCUUCCUGAAUUAUUUUCAAUAAUCAAUCAGCUUCAAAGCACAAGGACAGUGAAGUACAACCAAGCUGCACAAAAGGGGCACACAAACAAAAAUCAACUUCAUGUUUUGUUUCUGAUUUGUCUUAAAUUUUAUGAAACAGACUACUUACUAGUUAAUCGAGUAGAACUUGUUUUUAAGCUUGCAUAUUUGUAUAAAAUCAUACUUUUUGUAUAAUUUCUCAUUCUUAAUAUUAAGAUGUAUUUGUAUUAUAAGGUAUUGUUUUUCAUCAGAAUAUUUAAAAUUUUUGGUUGACUUUUAGUUUUUUGUAUUUUGUUUUGUAAUCAAGAACGGAUUUAAGCAAGAGGUUGACAAAUAAUGCAUUGUAAAUAGUAUAAAAAUUAAACAGGAUGUUACAUAUUUUACACAAAUGCUUUAAGUGGAUCGAAAAAAUUUAUUUCUCAUUUAUGUUUGAUUCAUCCUUUGUGAUUGGUUUUUUCUUUAUGUAAAACAUACACUUUUAUCCGAGAAAAAAAAUCAAGUUAUUUUCUAUUGUAUGAUAUUUUCUUACAUUUUAUUGUAGCUCAUUUAAUUGCAAUAAAAAAUUAAGCUACUGUAACCUCACAGAACAAACAAACAUGUAUUCAUAUUUAAAUCGCAAAAAUAUUCAAAUGUUUUAUAAAAAUACAUUUUCAAGAAUAUAAGUUCGAAAUGAUUCACCAUUCAAAAACAAUACAUAAAAUUUUAAAAUCAAAGAAAAAUAAUUGCUCAAAUAGAAUUCUAAGAAACUUUAAACACUUGAUUCUAUGUUAAUGAAAGUGUUUAAGACAAAAUCAAAGCUGUGUUCAAAUUUCCAACAUUUGUAAAAAGAAUCAUCAAUUUCUUAAAGAUCUCUUAAAAUUAAAAAUAAUAAAUGAACAAAACGAACUAGUUAUUUAAUUUGUCACUAGAACAUGUUAUUUUCUAAUGCAUAAUGAUGAACAGUCAAAACGGCUAAAUAAAGGGUUUUUUAGCAUGUUUUUUUUUUAAAUUAUUUUUAUUUUUUAGUGUAGUUACAUUAUUAGAAGUUACCGUAUGUGGUUACAGUACUGUUUAACCCCUUAACAAUAUUGUUGAAUAUCUAAGGCCACUGUAUGACAAAUAACUGAAUGAUUAACUAGGGUUUGUCAAUGCUAGUUUUGAAGAUUUUAUUUCAUUAAGAGUUUUAGACGCAUUAUUAAUCAAAAUGAAUUUAUUUGUCCAUUUUUAGAAUUAACAACUAAAAAGCCAAUGCCCAGUUGUGCAGCACAUGACUUUUUAUAACUUGUAUUUGUACAUUUUACUACGAUGGCACAAUGUUUCAAGAAAUCGUUGUUUUAGAACAAUAUGGAUAACCGGUGAGAGAAACACCAAAAGCACACUAAGUUGUGCAAACACUUGGCUUCAAAAUGCUGUUUUGAUUAGGCUUAGUUGUUAUGCCAUUUAUUUUGUAUGUUGUAUUUUGUGACUUAAUAUCUCAAUUUUAAAAAAAAAUUGUGUAGGUAUAUACGUUUUGUACAUUUUUCUCUCGAGAAAACUUUGUUGAGCUAGUGUUAUUCACUUAAUGAAAUGCUAUGUACAUACAGGGUACAUUUUGUUACAUUUUGUUUCAUAAUCAUAGUUGAUCGUAUCAUCAUUUUAUAUGAGACCAACAUAUUGAUCAAUAGCGCAAAAAAGAGAAACUUCAAUAAUCUAAUUGCAAUGAAGCAAUUUGUGAGUUAAUAAGUAAAACAUUAUAAACUGUUUCCAGUCUAUAAAGUUAUUUUAAUGAUACACAUACAGUAAGAAUAAUGCGAUUAUUUCGCAUUUGCUGAACUUGAUAAAAUCAAACAUGAUCACAAAUUUUAGAAAUUGGCCUAUAUAGAAUAAUUUCAAUUAAAAUUUUCCCCAAAACUUUUUUUGAAUAAUCUAAAUACUAAAGUACUGUGAAAUAAUUAUAAUUUUAAAGAGGUAUAAAAACAUUUUUUUAUCAAAGUGGUACAAAAAAAUGUUACUUUAUUUUUGUAUAAGAAAAAAUCUCACCAAAAUGAUGAACAUUUCAUGAUGGAAAAAAAUCAAACUGCAAUCAAUUAAACCAAAUCAAAAUUUUAGAAUUAAUAAAGCAUCUAAUUUUAGUAACAGUUAAUGUGUGUUUCAUACAACAGCCGUUAAUAGUAAAUCUAAUUGAAAGAUAAAGCAAAAUUAGAAGUCGCCAGCGACCGCUUUUAUUUAAAAAAAAAAAAAAGGCUAUUAAAAAUCGUAGCCACCUAAAACCUCAAAACUUUAACGACAAUGCAAUGUCCCAUGCGACUAAAAAUUUUUUGAACAAAAACAUGAGGGUUUCCGCUCUCAGAAGCGAAUUACUCUACCCCUCUUUCCAUUGAUGAAACUAUCCUUGGACAAGGCAACAGCUUAAUGUUAUUGGCAUUCUUUAUAAAUGUUAAUUUAAACAGAAAAAAAAUUAAUUUAUAUAUUGUUUAGUAUUUACAACUUUAAAAAAAAAGUGGCGACUAUCUCAAAAACGUGACUAUGGAUAAAAUUGCUUCGACUAGCCACUGGCUGUUUAAAAUACUACUAGCUAUUAAAAAUAAUUCUCAAUACUGUUUUAAUUUCCUAAAAUAUUUAGAAUCAAAUUUAGGCCACAAAGAUAAGUUAAAUAUGUUUAGUAAACAGAAAAAUCUCACCACAUUAAUAGUUGAUACUUAUUUUACAACUUUUUUUUUUUUUGGCUCACUUAACUUUUGCAAUUCUAAUUCUGUAUUGAGAUACAUUGUUUUUCUAAUUUUGCAACCAAAUAUUUACUACAUACACAUUAUAAGAAGAUUUAUUAGCUCAUUUUAUUUCAAUUAAGAGCUAUACUCUUAUUUCAAAUUUUCAACAGACACAAAACAUUUAUAUGGACCAAUUUCUUGUCUUAAAAUUCCUAUUUCGUUAAUGAUGUCUUGGAUUAAUUUUGUCUUUAGCUUUUGCGUAAAGUGCCUCAUUUAAUACUGAUUCUGAUGUACAUUGUAUUUCACAGUAUUGGGCAUUUUUAAAUAAUGUAGCGAAAUUAAAAACUCAGCACCAUUGUUACUGGCCGAUAGGUCAAUCACUUGUGUACUCAAAACACAACUUGCUUACUGCUCUUUGUGUACAUUUAAUGACCAUUUUGUUUUGACUAAUAUGUAUAUUUGUGCUGCACCUACAUUGUGUUAUGUUCCUUUAACAAUUAGGAGUGAUUCACUUGCUUCUUAGAAAUAAACUGGUCACA